AAACUCGAAACUCUGAAUUGGAUUGCCUCGGCCUUUGGGCUUUGACUAUUAUUUCUUGAUAUAACUUUGUGUAAAGUGUAAUUUUUUGGUGAAAUUAAGUAAGCAUAUAAUUUCUAUGAACUAAUUUUUAUAUUGGAACAGCAAGUGCUAUUUACUUCAGUUAUAAAUUAUUCGUAACAGUUUAUUAGUUAAGGAAACUAAGCUGAGUGUUCGUGUUAGUGAUAUGGUGUCAUAAAAUUAUAUAUAUAGUUUGGAAAACUAAAAAUGGCAAGUCCGUCCCCUCAAAGCAGCCCCAUGCCCCCGCCGCAGGCACCAAGCCCUAUGGGGCCUCCUACACAAAGUCCAGCUCCACCGCAUUCUCCGCAUAGUCCUUAUAAUCAACAACAUGUAAAUGGUCCACCACCGGUUCACUCUCCUGCUGGGCCACCGUCCAAUCAUAUGCCAUCUUCGGGGCCACCCCACGUCCCUAACGCAAAUGGUCCACCAGGUUUACCACAGCAACAUCCUAUGCCACCUGCUGGCCAUCACAUGGUUGGACAGCAUAUGACCGGUCCGCCUGGUCAUCCCAUCGGGGCUUCUACAGCACACCCUGGCCCAAAUGGACACCCUAACAUGCCUGGUCAAGGACCGCCUCAUGGCUACAUGCAGCAUCAAAUUGCUCACAUGCCUCCAGGGCAGGCGCCGAUGAGUAUGGGUGGAGGACCGCCUCCUCCAGGCAGUGGAGGGCAGGGACCUCCGGGCAUGCCGCUACCGAUGUCGGGUCCACCGCCGCACGGACACCCGCAAGGAAUGCCACCGAUGCCCCCCCACCACAACAUGAUGCCCGGUGGAUAUGCCCAUACUGCCCAAUCUCCCAGCGGAUCCUCCACGCCUCCUGGUGCAUCAAGUGGCCCGUCAGGAACGCCUCCCCAACCGCCUACAGCUCAAACACCACCCCACAUGCUCGGCCCUCAACCUCCCACAUCAGCCGCUAACGGCCCUCCAUCCUCGUCUUCGAUGCAGGGAUCCCUGCCCGCUUCGGGCCCCGACAAUCUGAAUGCUCUUCAGCGUGCUAUCGACUCCAUGGAGGAGAAGGGGUUGCAAGACGAUCCGAGAUACUCGCAGCUGUUGGCAAUACGAGCACGAACGAAUUCGCAAGAUCCUAACAAACCAAUGCUUUCCAACUUUCAACUAAACCAAUUAAAGGCACAGAUAAGUGCAUAUCGUAAUUUGGCGAGGAACCAACCGAUUACACAACAUAUAGCUCUGAUGGCGGCCGGGAAGCGCACGGGUGAUUCCCCACCCGAGUGCCCCACGCCACCAGCGCAGCCUCCGUCUCCGUACGGCGGGCCGCAGGGCGCAGGCCCCGGCGGCAAGACGGCCCCGGAGCCAGGUCGCGGCGCGGGCGGGGCUCCUCCCACGCCACUGCCGAUGACCGGACAGAUGGCGCCGCCCACUGUUCCAACACCACCGCUUGUUAAUCCGCCUCUGGGAGGAGGGCCCCCACCCCUCCGGGGCGCAGCGCCGCUUCGCCCAGCUGGACCAGGUGGUCCCGGGGGACAACCCAUGCAGCAACAGUGGGAACUGAAAACUCAGCCUGGCGCGCCUACACCAGGAGCAAAACAGAAUCGUGUCACAAGUAUUCCUAAGCCUGUUGGGAUAGACCCUUUGCAGAUAUUAAAUGAAAGAGAGAAUAGGAUCGCAGCGCGCAUCGCACACCGUAUGGAAGUUCUGGCGAACCUGCCGAUGGUCUCUCUGCCCGAUGACCUCCGACUACAAGCACAAAUUGAACUCAGGGCUCUGCGAGUUCUUAAUUUCCAAAAGCAGUUACGAGCCGAGAUAUUGGGUCAAGUCCGUCGCGAUACAACUCUAGAGACGGCGGUCAACAUCAAAGCAUACAAGCGCACCAAGCGUCAGGGGCUGCGGGAGGCACGCGCGACAGAGAAACUCGAGAAACAGCAGAAGCUGGAAGCCGAGAGGAAGCGACGCCAGAAACACCAGGAGUUCCUGCAGACUGUUUUACAGCAUGCCAAGGACUUCAAGGAGUAUCACCGUAAUAAUGUGGCCAAGCUGUCGCGAAUCAAUAAAGGCAUAAUGAACUACCACGCCAACGCCGAGCGGGAACAGAAGAAGGAGCAGGAGCGUAUCGAGAAGGAACGUAUGAGGCGUCUAAUGGCCGAAGAUGAAGAGGGUUACCGAAAGCUGAUCGAUCAGAAGAAAGACAAGCGUCUGGCGUUCCUGCUGUCGCAGACAGACGAGUACAUCGCCAGCCUCACAGAGAUGGUGAAACAGCACAAGCAGGAGCAGCGCAAGAAGCAGCAGGAGGAGGAGAGGAGGAAGAGAAAAUCGCGAAAACGGAAAGCACUGGAAGGGGGCGAAAUUGAUGCAAUGGAUGAUAGCUCACAGACUUCGGACUCGCGUGUUGCUGUUAUGGAUUCUAAGACUGGAGAGGUAUUGAAGGGCGAAGAAGCGCCGCUGUUGUCACAACUACGGGAUUGGUUGGACACACACCCCGGCUGGGAGAUGCUGUCGGACUCGGAUGACUCGGGUGAUGACAGUCAAGAUGAUGAGAGGAGAGACAGGAGAGAUCGGCACAGAGAUGAAAGGAGUGACAAAGAGAAAACUGACGAGGAGAGGGCUCGGGACAUGAUCAAGAAGGCAAAGGUCGAGGAUGAUGAAUACAAAACUGAAGAACAGACAUACUACAGCAUCGCGCACACCGUACAUGAGUCGGUCACGGAGCAAGCUAGCAUCUUGGUUAACGGGAAACUCAAGGAAUACCAAAUUAAGGGUCUGGAAUGGCUGGUGUCAUUGUUCAACAACAAUCUGAAUGGUAUCCUGGCUGACGAGAUGGGACUGGGGAAGACUAUCCAAACAAUUGCUCUGGUCACAUACCUGAUGGAGAAGAAGAAAGUUAAUGGACCAUUUUUAAUUAUCGUCCCACUCAGUACUCUGUCGAACUGGGUGUUGGAGUUUGAGAAGUGGGCCCCCACCGUGGUGGUGGUGUCGUACAAGGGCUCCCCGCAGUCGCGGCGCCUCGUGCAGAGCCAGAUGCGUUCUACCAAGUUCAAUGUACUGCUCACCACCUACGAGUACGUCAUCAAGGAUAAGGCGGUCCUCGCCAAGGUGCCGUGGAAGUACAUGAUAAUCGACGAAGGUCACCGCAUGAAGAACCACCACUGCAAGCUGACGCAGGUGCUCAACACGCACUACAUCGCGCCGCACCGCCUGCUGCUCACGGGCACGCCGCUCCAGAACAAGUUGCCCGAGCUGUGGGCGCUGCUCAACUUCCUGCUGCCCUCCAUAUUCAAGAGCUGCUCCACCUUCGAGCAGUGGUUCAACGCGCCAUUCGCCACUACCGGUGAAAAGGUUGAACUGAACGAGGAGGAGACGAUACUUAUAAUCCGACGUCUGCAUAAAGUACUGCGGCCGUUCCUGCUGCGGAGGCUCAAGAAGGAGGUGGAGAGUCAGCUGCCCGACAAAGUGGAGUACAUCAUCAAGUGCGACAUGAGCGGCCUGCAGCGAGUGCUCUACAAACACAUGCAGUCAAAAGGUGUGCUGCUAACAGACGGUUCGGAGAAAGGCACAAAGGGCAAGGGCGGCGCCAAGGCAUUGAUGAACACGAUCGUGCAGCUCCGCAAACUGUGCAAUCAUCCCUUCAUGUUCCCCCACAUCGAGGAGAAGUUCUGCGACCAUGUGGACUCUGGAGGCAGCAUCGUGACUGGACCGGAUCUCUACCGUGUCUCCGGCAAGUUUGAGCUUCUGGACCGCAUAUUGCCCAAGCUUAAGCAGACGGGACAUCGCGUGCUAGUGUUCUGUCAGAUGACGCAAUGCAUGACUAUCAUGGAGGACUAUCUUGGAUGGAGAGGCUUCCAGUAUCUCAGGUUGGACGGUAUGACGAAGGCAGAAGAUCGCGGCGAGCUGCUGAAGAAGUUCAACGAUGUGGGCUCCGAGUACUUCCUCUUCCUUCUGUCCACGCGCGCCGGGGGGCUCGGUCUCAACCUGCAGAGCGCCGACACCGUUAUUAUAUUCGACUCGGACUGGAACCCGCAUCAGGAUCUGCAAGCUCAAGACCGCGCCCAUCGUAUCGGACAACGCAACGAAGUGCGCGUGCUUCGGCUCAUGACCGUCAACUCUGUGGAAGAGAGGAUACUGGCUGCGGCGCGGUACAAAUUAAACAUGGACGAAAAAGUAAUUCAAGCGGGAAUGUUCGAUCAAAAGUCUACGGGAUCCGAGAGGCAGCAGUUCUUGCAGAGUAUCCUCCACCAAGAUGGAGAUGAUGAAGAGGAAGAGAAUGAAGUGCCAGACGAUGAUCUGAUCAAUGAGAUGAUAGCUCGCUCCGAGGAAGAGCUGGAAAUAUUCAAGCAGAUUGACAUAGAGCGAAAGAAGAACGAGACACAGAGCAGACUCAUCGAGGAGUCGGAGCUACCCGACUGGCUGGUCAAGCAUGAUGACGAAGUUGUCUGCAAUAAGGCUCAAGGUUGGAACUACCUGGACGAAGAUGAAACGCUGGGUCGAGGAUCGAGGCAGCGCAAGGAGGUGGACUACACGGACUCGCUGACGGAGAAGGAGUGGCUGAAGGCGAUCGACGACGAGUUCGAGGAAGAGGAGGAAGACGAUGAUGACGAGGUGCUCGACAAGAAGAGGAAGAAGGGCCGGAAACGACGGCGCAACCAAGAAGACUCUGAAGAAGAAGAAACCCCCAGUUCCUCAAAGAAAAAGAGCAAGACGGAAGUCAAUCAAUUGAAGAAGCGCCUUAAAAGUAUUAUGAAGAAGGUUAUUGACUACACUGAUGAACACAGCAACGGCCGCCAACUGUCGGAGCCCUUCAUGAAGCUGCCUUCACGCCGAGAACUGCCCGACUACUACGACAUCAUAAAGAAACCUCUCGAUAUAAAAAAGAUUAUGUAUAGAAUUGAAGAGGGGAAAUAUAUGGACAUUACGGAUUUGGAGCGCGAUUUCUUCACACUGUGCGCGAAUGCCCAGACCUACAACGAAGAGGUGUCGCUGAUAUAUGCGGACUCGGUGCGACUGCGGAACGUGUUUAUAGAGAUACGGCGGCGUUAUGAGAGCGGGCAGAACUCUGACGCGUCCGACGAUAAUGAAAAAGAUGAAGAUGAUUCGGAUGGUGAAUCCAACCGUUCCAUGAAAAUGAAAAUAAAAUUGAAAGGAAAGAGUAAAAGUACUCCCCGCAAACGUAAACAACGCAAAUACAUCUCCGACGAUGAAGAUUAUGAUGAGGAUUAAACAUUAGUAUUUAAAUAUAAUAUUAGAAUUUAUAAUGCUAAGAAUACUAUGUUUUGCAUUCAAUUAUAAUAACGGAGUAGAAAAUACAAGUGGAAGUGCCAGGUAGCUAUUGUGAGUGUUACACAAUUAUGCAGAGGAAAAAAAAAUAUCCUUUAUAUCUUAGAAAAAUUGAAAUCAGUUGCUUGCAAAUAUUUGAUCUAUAUCAAGUGAUUUGGUUAGUAUCCUCUGGCCUAUAGAUAUUUAUGACAACGCAAAUUAAUGCAUGUAAAUAUCACAUCUAUCAUAAAACUAAUUGCAGAAAUAUUUUUAAUGAUUUUGAGAUUAAAAACAAUAUCUUCAUUCACUAGUUUUAGUAAGGCUAGUUGUUCAGCUGUAGCUAUACUAGCUUUCAGCUGAGUUACAUAAUUUAUAAUUUGUAGCCCUUCAUAUUAAUUGGUUCGAGCUGAUACUGGGAUGCACCAGAUCAGAGACAACAAUACUCCAUAUGACACCAGACCUGCGCUUUGUCGAGCUCUAGAAUGUAGGCUUCAAGUACCAUGCUCUAUUUAUGGCCCCCAAUUUCUUCCACUUGUAUUAACUGUUCCGCAAUAGUGAUGGAUCAAGACAUAUACUGUUCACAGAAUAAAAUAGCUGUUAAUAACAGUAAUUAUAAUAGAAAAGUAAUAAGAUUUACUUGUAAUUCAAUUUCAGUAUAAUAUAAGGUUUAGAUUUAAUGCUUUUGUAUUAAUGUUUUAAGCUCAUUUUUAAAUAUUUUUAUAAAUUGACUUGGAUUUUUCAUGUGUAACUUCUGAUCUGAUUCGAAAAUAUGAACCAUUACAACUAUCCAUAAUAUAUUUAGAGUAAGCUUAGUUAAAUUUUCAUUAUGAUAUUUUAUGAAUUGACUCUGAAAUAUUAAUAAAACCAUAGAUAUCUUUGAAACAA